AUGGCCGACGACUCACGAGACCAGAGUGCCUUCCAGGAGAGCGCAAACACUGCGCACUCCUUCAACGCUUCGCCCGACUCUACGAAACCCAAGCACGAACCCUCUCGAUCACAAACUGGAAAGCUAUGGGAUGCCUUCGGAAACCCCGAAGAGCCCGCGAACGCGCUCGCCAAAGCCACCUACAAGCCACCUGGAAAGAACCCUAAGGAUGUGUCAUAUUCAGAGGUCAUCGGAUCAGUCUCACUGGCUGAGAUGUCCAACAUUCACAAAAGACCAUGCGCUCGAGAAUCUCUAAUGACUGGUAUCGGUGUUGGAUUUGGAGUUGGUGGUCUGAGGGGUGUCUUGAAAGGACGGUACGGGCUAUGGUCCGCAGGAAACUGGGCUGUGGGCAUGUUUGCGAUCACCUCACUGGGAGCAUAUGAAUACUGUCGCUACCUCCGCAACAAGGAAUUGAGUGGCAUGGCGGAAGCGCUCGACCUCAUGAACCAAUUAAAGGCUAAGAAGCAACGCGAGAAGGAUACCGCAGCGGAAGAGGCGGCGAAACUGGCUGAGGAGGAAAGGAAGAAGAAGAGCUGGUCGAACCCUACGAACUACAAAUUCUGGUAG